GCUACAAAGUUUCCCAGUCGCUGUCCUUUGUCUCUCUUCUUCAGAGGCUUGAGGAUGGUUUGCCUUGUGCAUUGCACUGCAUAGGGCUGUAAAACUUGGAAGGUUUCUGAGGCAAGCAGCAGCAGCAGCUAUGGAGCCUGCCAGUGCUAGCUUGGUCUCCCUGAGGGCAUCCACCGCCACGAGCCGCAGCUGUUUCUCAUGUCAGCAGCGAGCGACGCCCAGGACCAGGAUGCUUCCGGCCAUGGCGUCCAAGUCUGGGGCGAAACUGGUGGCUUCAGGCUGCAAGACAUGCAGGGGGAAGGGUGCAGUGGAAUGCGAAGGCUGCAAGGGGACUGGCAGGAACAAGAAGAACGGCAACAUCUUUGAGAGAUGGAAGUGCUUCGACUGCCAGGGGUUUGGGAUGAGGAAGUGCCCCACCUGCGGCAAGGGAGGCCUCACGCCGGAGCAGAGAGGAGAACGAUAGAAGAAACAUCAAGCAUCCAUCCAUCCAUGGCAGAUGCACUCUCCAAUGUCUUAUUUAUCAUGCUCAACUUUGCUCGAAUUCUGACAACUAUCUAGAAGUAAGUAUCAACCAGAAUUGCCAAACAAAAUGAAAACCGAAUAUGGUGAUACACAUAUUUGGUCUGAGAACCAGCAGUAUAAUGCCAAGCAGAAUGUUGUGAGGAAAUCAACUGGUUUCUGCGCGUAUUGACUGGUCUGGAGGCUUUUGAAUCUAUAUGUUGUAAGUAUUUUUUUUGUUCUUUUGAAUAUAUUCAGUUUGUCGUAAGUAUUAUUUAAAAAACUAAGUGCCUCUCUUGGGCGAUGGGUGGCACUCAUCUGAGGUUGCAUGUGGCCCCUUUGCA